AUGACAGAGCUCUUCCAAGCUACUGGAGGAUUUUCUUCAGCUAAUUUCAUAGGUUCCAGUAGUUUUGGCUCUGUAUACAGAGGGAUUACCAACCAAGAUGAAACCAUUGUUGCAGUCAAGGUACUCAACCUUCAAAAUCCAAGAGCUUUCAAGAGUUUUACUGCUGAAUGCGAAGCAUUAAGACACAUUCGACAUCGCAAUCUUAUCAAGAUUUUAACUUCCUGUUCAAGUCUUGAUUCAAAAGGCAAAGAUUUCAAUGCCCUUGUUUAUGAGUUCAUUCCCAAUGGGAGUCUAGAUGAUUGGUUGUAUCUGCCGACAGAGGAAAAUAAUCAUUCAAGGAGUUUAGGCCUUCUUCAAAGAUUAAACAUCGCAAUUGAUGUAGCUUCUACACUAGAUUACCUUCAUUACCACUGUUAUGCAACAAUUGUUCAUUGUGACUUGAAGCCAAGCAAUAUUCUACUUGACAAUGAUAUGAUUGCACAUGUUAGUGAUUUUGGUUUGGCAAAACUACUUUUAGAACCUGACAACAACUCAUCCCAGGCUCAAACCAGUACCAUUGGGAUAAAUGGAUCUGUUGGCUAUGUUGCUCCAGAAUAUAACAUGGGUGGGAAGGCUACUAUACAAGGGGACGUAUUCAGCUAUGGGAUCCUUUUAUUAGAGAUGUUCACAGGAAAAAGGCCAACAGAUCAGAUGUUUAUUGACGACUUCAAUCGCCAUAACUUUGCAAAGGCAUCUUUACCUAUACACAUGAUGCAAAUUUUAGAUCCAACACUCCUACCCAAUGAAGAAAACAGUGAAGAAAGUGAAGAAGAUGCAACAAAUAGAAUAGAAGGUCCUAGUCAUCAGACAGAUAAAUUGCAAGAUUGA